AUGUCCUCACAAUCAUCAUUCAGGGUGCCUCUGAGCGACCUAUUGAAACCAGAUAUCCAUAACUUCAACCUUUUUGGAUUUCUUCAACUGUUUCUUCUCUGUUGUUUUAUUUUAGUUUUGAUUGUUCUCCUCAUUGACCACGCAGAUUACCUUCUACAAACUUGGCCUGUCAGAAAUCUUCAUCGUGUAACAAGCCAAAGCCUCCUAUGGGCAAGGUUCCGCCGCCAACUAAGCGGGCGUGAGCUAGAGGAUGCCAUUCAACAUGCGUACUUUAAGUAUACCAAACAAGGAAAGCCGUUCGCGAUAAAGGCAGAUCUUGACAAUUGGAUGCUUAUGCUCCCGUUGGAGUCCAUGAAAGAAUGGUGCAAUUUGCCAGCUGAUCACCUGAGUUUCAUGAACUACGUUGAGAAUGCGUCGGCUAUAGGGUACCAUACCAAUGCUGAUUGUCAAACGCACAUCAACGCCAUCCUUGCAUACAACCAAAAGAAACACACUGAUCAUGUCCACUCCCUCGUCCUAACGGAUGCCGAAGAAUUCCUGCCUUCAUUUUUCGGUAACCCAAGCAGCAAAGAAUGGACCAAGUUCAAUCCAAUUGAGGUAGUCAGUAAUGUACUUAUGCAUUAUGCAACUUCGUUGGUUCUUGGACCAAAAUUCUCGCGGGACCCCAUUCUCAUGCAACACAUAACUGCCCAUGUCUUGGGGAUUGAGGAGGUUAUCAACGAAUUUGCUCGCUGGCCAAGAAUCUUAUUUCCAUUACUCUGGAGACUGUCCCCUGUUCACCGUAAAUUUCGCUCCAAUAUCUCAGUUGUCAGAAAGAAAGUCGUACCCGAGAUCAAGCGCCGUGUGCAGCUUCUCCGACUUGGGGAGUCAACUGGCGAAGAUAUGAGUAUGCUGACCAUCUUUCUAAAGCAAGCUCUCAAGGAGGGCCUCCUUUCGAUGAGUGGAAAUACAAAGACAGAGAAGAACGACAUUGAAAGUCUCUUCAUGAAGACAUUGUUCCAUAUUUAUGAAGUCUGGGGGCCUAUCACUCCGCUUUUGAGUGCCAUGUUUGUUCGUUGUAUGGCAAACCCUGAGUACGUCGACGCAUUGAGAGAGGAGGUCUCAGGCUCCCUUGAAUCUCAUGGAGGCUGGAGCUCCAAUUUUUUGGCGCAUACGCCAAAGUUGGAAAGCUUCAUGCGCGAAAGCUUACGUUUGUAUGCGCCGAUUUCAGUGAGCGUAUCGCGUCGGUUGAAUAAGCCACUUAGAAUCGAGUCUCUAGAUAUGAAUCUUCCAAAGGGAACUUGUAUUGGAAUACCGACGAAAUGCGUUCAUGGGGACCCUAGGAACUACCCAGACCCAACGACGUUUGACGGUUACCGGUUUUAUGAUGCGGAUUCUAAUACAUGUACCGCGCGCGCAUCAACAGCUUCUGAGAAAUUCCUGGCGUUCAGCUAUGGAACUGGACUCUGCCCUGGGCGGUUUAUUGGCGUGAAAGUUUCGGAGAUUCUCCUGGCUAAAGUUCUCUUGGAUUUUGAUAUGCGGUUUACAUCGAAAGAUCAAGAGUUUCCCUCAUAUGUCCUGAUGGAAAACACUUGGUCGUGGUUGGACACAAAUCUCACAGCUUAUGUACGGAGCCGUAGGUAA